CCAUUGAUCAUGACUGAUGAAAUGCAAGAUAUUCAGUUGGUGGAGUCAAAGCCACUUCUUGAACGUGACUUGCCGGGGCUGAAAGAAGCUAUCCAGCAGUUGGUCACUCAGGAACAUGAUCUUGAAACACCGCACGGUGUCCUCCAUAUCACUUUGUAUGGAGUGCCCAAAGGAAACAGACCUGUCAUCCUGACCUAUCAUGACAUUGGGCUUAACCAUAAGUCCUGCUUUGAUCCCCUCUUCAACUAUGAAGACAUGCAUGAAAUCACUCAGCACUUUGCGGUCUGCCACGUUGAUGCUCCUGGCCAACAAAUUGGUGCAACUGCUUUGCCAACUGGGUACAAUUAUCCCUCCAUGGAUCAGCUGUCGGAAGUGCUUCCAAUGGUCCUAAAACAUUUUGGGCUAAAAAGCGUUAUUGGUCUGGGCAUAGGAGCUGGAGCUUACAUCUUGGCCAGAUUUGCUUUAUUAUCCCCUGACCUGGUUGAAGGCCUUGUUCUUAUCAAUAUUAAUCCCUGUGCAGAAGGAUGGAUGGACUGGGCGGCUCACAAGAUUUCUGGAUGGGCCCAUGCUUUACCUGAGAUGGUGAUUACUCAUUUGUUUGGAAAGGUAAGUUUCUCUUUAUGUUUUAAGACCGUGUAAAGGAAUUCCACGUUU